AUGGGAAUCCAAAAUGCCGCAGCGGAAUUGCCCGCCAUGAAGUCCAACCCCAAAUUCAUCUUCUUCACCGACUUUGAUGGCACCAUUACGCUACAGGACAGCAAUGACUUCUUGACUGACACAAUCGGAUAUGGCAAGGAGAGGCGCCGUAAGAUGAACGUGGAAUGUCUGGAAGACAGGAUCUCCUUCCGGGACUCUUUCCGCGACAUGAUGGACAGUGUGACCAAGCCGUACAGCGAGUGCAUCCAGUACCUGGUCGACAAUAUCAAGCUGGACCCUGGAUUUGCCGAGUUCUACCAGUGGUCGCUCGAAAACAACAUACCUGUUGUUGUUCUUUCAUCUGGCAUGGAACCCAUUAUCAAGGCACUGCUGAAGAAGCUAGUCGGGCCCGAAUCAGAGAAGAUGCAGGUUCUGGCAAACAACGCAGCACCCAGGGAAGGGAAGUCAAUGGAUGAAGAAGGUGGAUGGGAAAUCGUUUUCAGGCACCCGGAGAGUGGUUUCGGACACGACAAGUCCAUCUGCCUGCGCCAAUACUCAUCGCUCCCGGAUGACGUACGCCCAACCAUGUUCUACGCUGGAGAUGGCGUCUCAGACCUGUCUGCAGCUCGCGAAACCGAUCUGUUGUUUGCGAAGAAGGGACAUGAUCUCAUCACCUACUGCGCUCGGGAGAACGUCCCGUUCACAGUUUUUGCAGACUGGACCAACAUCUUGGCCAAAUGCAAGGAUAUUGUGGAAGGCAAGACUAGCGUGAAGGAAGCCGCUCAACAAGGCUUCGAAGCAUACAAAGCUGGCGCCGCUGGCAUCUAG